AUGGCCCUACAAUGGGAGACUUAUGAGACCCCGCACCAGAACGGAUACCAUCGGUUGACCGUGCUCGACUUUCUCAUGUGUGAAUCGCCGUUGAAAGUAGCAUCAUCAUCGAGCUUGAGAUGUUGGAUUGAAGAGGAUGCCUCACCUGUUGAAUUGGAGUUGCAUUGUAGCCAAAGCGUGUUGAUGGUUCUCACGUCGGAAACAGCUCCCAAGACACCACAACACACCUCAUUACCAAACAUGACCAACUCCAACAACUUGAAAGCCCAGCUGGACGAGGUCAUCGCCUCCUUGGUCCGCCGCCAUGAACGCAUGGCUGAAAUGCGUGCCGCUGGCACACCGGAAGCCAGCCCCCGACUUGGGGCUGAGAAAGCUGCAAAGGAAACCGAGAUUCGCGUCUUCGUCGAGUUUUCUGCAAAGGUCAGGGCCGCGCAGGCGCAGGAGCGGUCGUUCGACCGGUGGUGGACCACACUGGGCUCCGCCGAGCGAGAACAGCGCAUCGAAGAUGCCUGGCGCGAAAAGUAUCAUCAACCAAGGCGUCGCGAUUAG